UGGAUAUCUAUUUAGGGGUUGUAUGUCGUCCGUGAGAGAAGGUGGCCAUCUUGCAUAUGAACAAAAGCUUCACCUGUAUAAAAUUUACCAAAAUAUUAUAAGUUUACAUUCGCAUUGUGCUAUAAAUCUGUACAUUUAGACUAUGCACGAAUUAUUGUACCACAUGUUUACAUAGCCAUGGCUGCUACACGAAAGCUGCAAGGAGAAAUAGACCGAUGUCUUAAGAAAGUGACAGAGGGGGUGGAGACAUUUGAAGACAUCUGGCAGAAGGUACACAAUGCAACAAACAGCAACCAAAAGGAGAAAUAUGAGGCUGAUCUCAAGAAGGAGAUCAAGAAACUGCAGCGGUUACGUGACCAAAUCAAGAGCUGGAUUGCAUCAGGGGAAAUCAAGGAUAAGAGUACAUUACUUGAAUUCCGCAAGCUGAUAGAAACGGUGAGCUAGUACAUCAAAUAGUAA